GGUUACUUGAUGAAACUGUUUGCUUUUGUUGUCUGUCGGAAACUUCUGGUAGUCAAUGACGUCAACGCCCAAUUAACCAUCUCACCCUCUUUUUCUCACCCUCUUAUAUAUGAGUCUCACUUGAACUCCCACUAAUUCCCAUUAAUCCCCAACAUACACUACCCAUGGAGAGAAUUCGUUUAAUAUUUUCCCUUUUCGUGGCACUGCUUACGGUACAAUUUCACCUGGCAAGACAAGUUGUUGCAACUUCUCCCAACAUUACCACAGAUCAAUAUGCUCUUCUUGCUUUAAAGGCUCAAAUUUCUUAUGAUCCUCACAAUGUUUUGACACACAACUGGUCCACCAACACCUCUGUUUGUAAUUGGAUCGGUAUCACUUGUGGUUUCCGUCAUCGUCGAGUCAUCGCAUUGAAUCUUUCUUAUAUGAGCCUUGUAGGCACUAUUCCUCCACACGUGGGAAACCUUUCAUUUCUUGUUAGUCUAAGCAUCCAAAACAAUAGUUUUCAUGGCUCUCUACCCAGCGAGUUGGCUCAUCUUUACCGGUUGCAAAUACUCUAUCUUAGUUAUAACCAACUUUCAGGCUCUAUUCCAUCCUCCAUCUUCAACAUAAACAGCUUGCAAGGAAUAGAUCUCAGCAAUAACAUGCUUUCUGGUAUGAUGCCCUCUAUUAUUUCCAACAUAUCUUCACUGCAAGCCAUUGACCUAAGUGGUAAUAGGCUUUCUGGUCCACUCCCUAUGGAUACGUUUGAUAACCUUCACAACUUGUAUUGGCUUCGACUAUCUCAUAAUCAAUUUUUCGGCCAACUGCCAUUGACCUUGUUCAAGUGCAAACGACUGGAAUAUUUAUCAUUGGCGAAUAAUAAUUUUACUGGAAGUGUACCACCAGAAAUUGAAAACUUAAUCAAGCUCACAGAGUUAUAUCUUUUCAAUAACAACUUUAAAGGGACUAUCCCAUCCACUUUAUUCAAGUGCAAACAGCUACUAGUUUUAUUGUUGGGGCCUAAUAAUUUCACAGGAAGGGUACCUCCGGAAAUUGGGAAUGUAACCAUGCUUACCACAUUACACCUUGGCUAUAACAACUUUGGAGGUGCAAUACCAAGAGAAAUUGGUAAUCUACAAAACCUUGAGUUGUUCAAUAUAGGUGGCAACAACCUUACUGGACCAAUUCCAUUUGAGAUCUUCAAUAUCUCAACAAUACAAGAAAUUGCAAUGCCUUUCAAUAACCUCACAGGCCAUCUUCCAUCAAAUGUAGGCUCAAAUCUUCAGCGUCUUUAUCUUGAAGGAAACAAACUAAGUGGAACAAUACCUAGCUCUAUCUCCAAUGCUUCAGAACUCACUCAACUAGAUCUGAACGGCAACUCAUUCUCGGGCUUAAUUCCAAAAUCACUUGGUAAUUUAUGGCUCCUCAAUUGGCUCAACCUAGCAGGAAAUAACUUGAUCAUUGACUCUUCCACUCCAGAGCUCAACAUUUUCUCUUCUUUGUCAAACUUGGCAAAUCUAAACGUUUUAGAUUUGUCAAAUAAUCUAUUGAAUGACAACCUUCCUAGUUCUAUUGGAAAUCUCUCUACUUCUCUUCAAAAGCUUUACAUAGAUAAUUGCAAUAUCAAGGGUAUCAUUCCUAGAGAGAUAGGCAAUUUAAGCAACUUGAUGACUUUGUCCCUACGGACCAAUCAAUUGGUUGGACCUAUUCCAACUACUGUGGGAAGAUUGCACAAGCUUCAACUUUUGAGACUUGAUAAAAAUAGACUGGGAAAUCCCAUUCCAUUUGACCUUUGUCAUUUAGAAAGCUUGUUUAAGUUGUAUUUAGGUGGUAAUGAGCUUACUGGACCGAUUCCUGCAUGUGUAAAGAAUCUAACUUCUCUAAGAGCUCUUUACUUAGACUCUAAUCGAUUAACUUCUACGAUUCCAUUGAGCUUGUGGAGUCUUACGUAUAUCUUGGAGGUCAACCUCUCAUCAAAUUCUCUAAGUGGCCCUCUCUCAUUCAAGAUUGAAAAUUUGAAGGUCUUAAGAGUAUUAGAGUUAUCAAGAAAUCAACUCUCUGGUCAUAUCCCAACAACAAUCAGUGGCCUCAAAGAUAUAGUCAGUCUCUCCUUGGCGGACAAUCGAUUACAAGGGUCAGUUCCUAAAUCUUUUGGUGAUUUGGUUAGCUUGGAAUUUUUGGAUCUUUCCAGUAACAAUUUAUCUGGAGAGAUUCCCGAGUCCUUAGAAGCACUUUCACACCUCAAAUAUCUAAAUGUCUCUUUUAAUAGACUAACAGGAAAAGUUCCUGUAGGAGGACCAUUUGUAAACUUCUCUGCUGCAUCAUUCAUGUCAAAUAAUGGACUUUGUGGUGCUCCUCGAUUGCAAAUUCCUCCUUGUAAAGGUGUUUCUCGACCAAAAAAGACUGAAGCAACACGUAUACUAAAGUAUGUAUUACCAACGAUUGGGUCAACAGUGCUUGUAAUUGCUCUUGUGUUAAUCUGGACAAGAUGUGGAAAAAGGAAUACGAAAAUUCCAGUGGAAGAAAAGUCAUUACCACUAGCAACAUGGAGAAGAAUUUCCCAACAAGAACUUUUACAAGCAACAGAAGGGUUUAGUGUAAGCAAUUUAGUUGGUAGAGGAAGCUUUGGAUCAGUAUACCAAGGGACUCUCUCAGAUGGAUUGAUUGUUGCAAUAAAAGUUUUUAACUUGGUAGUAGAAGGGGCUUUCAAGAGUUUUGAUACAGAGUGUGCGGUACUACGCAAUAUUCGUCAUCGGAAUCUUCUUAAAAUCAUCAGCAGUUGUAGUAACAUGGACUUCAAAGCUUUUGUAUUAGAAUACAUGCCUAAUGAGAACCUAGAGAAAUGGUUGUAUUCUCAAUACCGCUGUUUGAGUAUCUUACAAAGACUAAAUAUAAUGAUCGAUGUCGUGUCAGCACUGGAAUACCUUCAUUAUGGUUAUUCAACACCUAUUGUUCAUUGUGAUUUGAAGCCCACCAAUAUCUUAUUAGAUGAAGAUAUGGUUGCACAUGUUGCUGAUUUUGGCAUUGCCAAACUAUUAGGUGAUGGGGAUUCUAUGAUGCGCACCAUGACUCUUGCUACUAUUGGAUAUAUGGCACCAGAGUAUGGGUUGGAAGGAAUUGUUUCUACAAGUGGCGAUGUCUAUAGUUAUGGUAUUUUGCUGAUGGAAACUUUCACAAAAAAGAAACCUACUGAUGACAUGUUUGUUGGAGAAAUGAGCUUGAAGCGUUGGGUAGAGGAAUCAUCAGCCCUUUCAGUAACUAAAGUCAUUGAUGCCAAUUUGUUGACAACCGAAAGUGAUUAUGCUUCUACAGAGGAUUGCAUAUCAUCCAUAAUGGAGUUGGCAUUGCAUUGUUGUGCAGAGUUACCGGAGCAGAGGGUUAAUGCAAAAAGUAUUUCAAUCACACUCAACAAGAUCAAAUUGAAGUUUCUACAAGAUAGUGAAGGAAGCUAGUAUGAGAGCAUCAAGUUUGUUUAUAGCUCUUUCAUGUUUGUAAUCUUGAAAUAAUAUUACGAGACUCCCUUAAUAUUUGAAAACCAUAGUUAACAUAUUAUUGCAACAAAUAUUCCAUGACAUAUAUGUA